GCUUCUUUUAUCUGCCUUUCAUAUGUGAUGACAAAUGCCACAGAGCACCAGAAGGAGCUUUGUAAAUUGCAUUGCAGUCUGCCACUUGGUCAUAUUGGUAGUGUUUAAAGAUUACAAGUCAGUUGGUAAAACUUGAUUCAGAAAGGACUUACUGUUAAUUACACACAAAUAUCUCCAUUAAAUGUUUUUAUAGCAGAGAGCUGUAUUUUUGUUACUAUCAGCACGAAGGUAGCACUUAAGCAGCGGCAGUGCCUUAGACAGUAUAUCUCCAAAUAAGAUCAUUACAAUGAACAGACUACACUGCUUUAAAAACAUGAGGAGAGAAUGGGAAAGAAAAGUACUCUUCAUAUAUGAGUACAAUGUGCUAUUACAAUGAGAGAAUAUGAAUAAGACAAAGUAUAAUAUAGGAUGGAAGAUUAGUACUACUCAAAAACAUGUACCUACUAUAAUGUAACAUUGAAAUAAAUAGAUUUGUCAUUACUGUUGGUGUCUAAACCUGUUUUAACCCCUAUGUUUUUUUUACUUUUAAAGAACUUUGAAUUGCAUUUGUUUGAAAUGAGCUAUAUAAAUAAAGUUUGAUUGAUCGGUGUAAAAUAUUGUAGGUAUUAAGGCAGGGGCAGGAGAACAGAGCUUGAAAAAGCCCAGUUUUACACCUAAACUCUAGGUAUAAUAUUGGUUAUAUUGCCUUAUGGAUUGUAACAUCUACAAUUCAGUGUCCACGCCAAAAAAAGUGGCACUAAUCAUCCCCCAUAGUCGGAUGCUGUUUCUUGUCUUCCCACAGAGCGGCGCGCUUUGAAUGAGCUCCGGGAGAAGCCGGGGACAGAGAGGGGCGGGGAUUACACCUUUCAGUGGGAAUCCUGUAUUCAAAAAGCUGCCAACGUCCCAACGUAAGAGCGUGCGGGCCUGUUUGUGCUUUCAUUACAACUCAAGAGUCGACAAAAAGAGGACCGAAAUAUGCCCUCCGUCAGCGGGACACGAGUGUAUUUUCGUUGACUCAGAAGAACUUUGUGACUUUGACUCCGCUGAAGACUGAGACAGCAGUGAGAAAAAAAAAAAAAAGAAAGAAAAAAGACACAACAAAAACAGUUUACAAGUCGUGCAGGUGCUACACGUUGUUGACCGGCAGACCAGAUCACAGCUAGACUCACGCUCCGGACCUUCUCGUCUCACCUGAGCCUGCCUGCAAAGAUUAAAAUGUCUGUGGAGAGUUAUUCUGCGCUGGACGAGUCCUCCCUCCGAGCCUUGCUGGAUGGAACCGUGGAUCUGGACGAGAGACGCCUCAUCCGUUCAGCCAUCCGGGAGUUGAGGAGGAGGGAGAUUGAGGACAUGGAGGCCGCUCUGGCCAGCAAGAGAUUUCGUCCCACACGCCUCAAGCAGCAGGAGGACAAGGAGAACCAGCACAGAUCAGAAUCCGGCGAUAACUUGGACGUCCUGUCACGAAAACUGCAAUCAAUACAGGAUAUCGAUGAGCUCACGAAAAUGCUCCGCGCCGCCAGCGAGUAUGAGGAGAGGAAAAUGAUCAGAGCAGCCAUCCGACAAGUCCGAGAAGAACAGCAGCAAGCGACUGUGGAGAGGGUAAAAGCCCCUGGGUGCCGCCCGGAUCCUGAGUGUGUGGAUCCCCAGAGCAGCAUGGGAACUGGAGAGACAGAGCGGGAGAGUCAUAGUGAACGAGAGCGUGUCAGAUCUCAGAUCCGGGAGUUACACGGCCAGCAGACACAACAAAGCAGAGAGUUGCAGAGAAUAGGCUCCAACUCAGGCAUGGUGUUGGUUCUCGAUCACCUGGUGAAGGACGAUGGCUCUGGGCCUCUGCUCAUCCAGCCUCAGAGAGAGGCUGUGACCACAGAGCCUGACCUGGUCCUGUCACACCGUCAAAGGUCAGACUCCUCAGCUUCAGACCGCAGUGUGAGCUCGGUGCUUUCCAAGUCCAAUCUUGAUUCUGUGGCCUCAGAGAAGACUCUGGGCUCAGCCUACAGAGCCCGGCUAGACUCUGGUGCCUCAGACAGGAGCCAGAGUUCCUCCCAGCGUGGUCGGCUAGGCUCCGGGGCAUCAGAGCGAAGCGUCAGCUCCCAGUCCUAUAUCAGACAGAGACUGGGCUCAGAUGUCUCCGACUCUGGCGUCAGACCCCGUUUGGGCUCUGGGGCUUCAGAUAGUGUCGGUCUUUUGUCAAGGAAACGGACUGACUCGGUGACAUCUGACCAGAGCGUGAGUAUGUCCUCUGAGGAGAGGGGUCCAGGGGAGGAGGUGGAGAUAGCAACGAGUGGUUCAACUUACAGCACAGAUUCAGAAACCGAGAGCAGAAGCCAAGGUCCAGCCAGCCUCCAGGCUCAGUCUGACCAGGAUCACAUCGUUGACCAGGAGCAGCCUGAUGGAGCCAUUUUAUCUCGCAGCGAUCCUACAGAUGUUCAGCUCAGUGGCAGCACCAAGGGAAAAACUGACUUCCAGAAACAAAAGAUAACAGUUAACAGGGAUCUUCCCUUCACCCGUGACAAAGCAAAGGACUCUGCACCUGAGAAGAAAAAUGCUGUGUCGGAACAAUUCAACUGCACCAACUCUGUGCGUGACAGAAUGCGCAAGUUCGCAGAGCCCAGCCCGAGCCCAAAUGUCGCAGCUUUGAAGAAAGCUCCUCUGAGGAAUGGGACAACCCCCGGCAGCAGUGGCCACACAAAUUUCUCCAGAGCUACUGAGCUGUUUACACACACAGCAGCAUCACUCAAAACAUCUGGAGACUCCACAUCUCACACCUCUGCCGCAUCUCAGAGUCAGGCCACACCUCAGCCAAGAGGUGGGGCUAACAAACCUCUGUCUUCAGCCAGCCAAUCGCAGAACUCCAAGGGCGGGACGAGACAACCAGCUGAAAAAGAUGUGCACGCCUUCAGUAACUCAAAGGAAGACAGGACCCCAGGGAAAGCAGCUGCACAGCAGGUCACCCAGGGAGAGGCAGACCCGGACAUGAAGACUUUCCUCACCAUUGAGAUCAAGGAUGGGCGAGCCACGACCUCCUCUACAUCCUCCUCUAGGGGCAACAUCGUCCCCAUCACGACCAUCACCCCACGCAUCACCCCUAAUGCUCUGGGGCAAAGAGCAGAGUUGACCCUCGGCCUAAGAGCAACGCCAUUCAAAAUCUCCUCAUCCAGCUUCUCCUCUGGAUCCUCCAUAAAGAUGGAGACAGAGCCCGUUAUGGCCUCUGAGCCAGUGUUUUCAGCUGGACCGUCUGUCCAGGUGGCGUGUCAAGUCCCAGCCAUCCCCAACGGUUCCAGCAUUGAAGCUAAACCCUGCGAGCGCUCCGGAAAACUGACUGCGGAACAGCUGGCUGCCAUCGAGGACGAAGAGCUCCUUGACAAAAUGCUCGAUGAGUCAAAAGACUUUGAGGAGAGGAAGAUGAUCCGUGCAGCCAUGAGAGACCUUCGCAAGAGAAAGAGAGAGGUCAUGCUGGGAUGUACUCAGGAGGAAAUAGACCAGAGAGAAAAGGAGCGGGAGACCCGCCUGCAGGAGCUCCGGCAGCAGAGAGAGGAGCGUUCACAGAAAGGUCGCGCUGGGGUGGGAGCAGGAGAAGUGGUAAUGAGGAAAGUGGAGAAGUCAGGAGAUGGCUCCACCCUCAGUCAAGUCACAAAGACCGACCGCUUCGCCCAGUCUGAUGAUGGGAGCAGAUCAUCACGCAGCACUGUCGUCGAGGCCAGUUAUGUGCAGAAAACAGACAGAGGGACAGUCCAGUCAAAAUCAUACAGCUACACCUCUUCCAGUUCCUCCUCCUCCUCUAACACAAGCAAAAAAGUGGGCAGCGUCUUUGAUCGCGAGGAUGACACAUCGACUCGCAGCGGCAAUGGAGGGUCGGAGCGAAGGCAGGCGGAGAGGCGCAAGGAGCUGAUGAGGGCUCAGACUCUGCCAAAGACCUCUGCCAUGCAGGCCCGCAAAGCCAUGAUAGAGAAGCUGGAGAAGGAGGGAGGCGGCCCUGGAAAUCAGGCGGUCGCCAAGGUAAACAAGGUGCAGCGCUCCACCAGCUUUGGUGUGCCCAACGCGAACUCCAUCAAGCAGAUGCUGCUCGACUGGUGCCGUGCCAAGACCCGCUCAUAUGAGCAUGUGGAUAUUCAGAAUUUUUCAUCCAGUUGGAGCAAUGGCAUGGCGUUUUGUGCCCUGGUGCACAAUUUCUUCCCUGAAGCCUUUGACUACAACUCCCUGAGCCCCAGCAACCGCAGGCAAAACUUUGAGGUGGCCUUCACCACUGCAGAGACACACGCCAACUGCAUGCCUUUGCUGGAAGUGGAGGACAUGAUGAUCAUGGGUAACAAACCCGACUCCAAAUGUGUCUUCACCUACGUACAGUCUCUGGUCAACCACCUGCGCAGAUACGAGAUGUCCAUGGGUCGGCCCUGUGACCUCUGACCUGUGCUCAGUGAGCGCUCAACCUCCAUGUGCACCCCCUUCCCCUUCUUACCUUCACCAGCCCUGACCCUUCCCCCAGCUCCAUCGUCACCUGAUGACUGCCUCCGCUCUGAUAGGCUUGGUCACAGACUUGCACAUCUCCGAUGGACAAGUUGGGGAUAACGUGUGUGUGUGUGUGAGUGAUUGUGUAUGUGUUUGUGUGUCAGUUUAUCUGUGUCGGCAGUGGUGAUGUGUAUUCAUUAUUUCAGUUCUCUUCGGGACACACAUUGUUAACUCAGAGUCCACCUUUCUCCAGCAAGAGAACACCAAAGUUUUUAUAAGACUACCUUUUAAGCUUUAAAAUUUUACAUACUUUUUGUACUCAGCUUUGUAUCAGGUAAUGUUUAACGUACAGUAGCUGUGUCAGUACACUAGUGUACUGCAAAACGAGAAAAAAGAGAAAACAUUUUAUUAAUUCAUAUUAUAUAUUAUAUAUGAUAUAUAUAUAUCAUAUAUAAUAUAUCAUAUAUUUUCAAUAUUUCCCCUUUUGAAAUAUUUAUACCUACAUUUUUCUCUGCUACACUUUUGUAAUUAUUGUAAUUUGUUCACUUUGCUGUUGAUAAUUCCACUGAAGAAGAAAAAUAUACCCAGCCCAUAUAGUUCAUUAUUUGGUUUUCAUUUUGGUACUUUUUCAUUUUUACCAAACUCUGGUUGCUUGAACAAUUUUAAGUUAAUUUUAAGUUAUUAUUUUCAUGUUGAUAUAAUCAGUUAGCAUAUUAUUACUUAAUGCAUGAGCACAGAGAUGUUUUUUCCUCGAAUGGAUUCAACAUUGUUUUGCUGUUGUUAUGUUGGAGUCCAGCGCUGAGUAAUCUCACCUUUCUGAACUCAACAGUGCUACUGAGAAAUUGUAUUACUGUAUCAUCAUAUUAUUCCAAAGGCAAAAGUGUUUGCAGUCAAGCAUGUUUUUUUCAAUCCAGGUAGAAAGAACACAAGAGGAGUUGGUUGCAGUCUGAUGUCGUACAGCUGAGUUGUAUCCUGUUUCUUACUGCUUGACUGACAGCAUCACUGCCACACCCUGCCAAACACACUCACACACAGCUCUUUCAGAGGGCUCCUUAUUUAUGCUUGGAUGGAUUUUUUUUUUUAUAUAUAUAUCUGUUUUUUGUUUUUUUUAAUUUUCUUAGUGUGUACAUUAUACUUUUAAAAGUUUUGUUUAAAGUAAGUCAUUAAGCUCAAGCUACGACGAUGUUUUGUGAAACAAAAUUGGUGUCGCUUUUUGGACAAGUUCAUGGACCUGAUGAAAGCUCUCAGUUUAAACAUGAGUAAUCAUGACUGAACAUAACUGCCGAUUGUAUAUUUUACAACAUGAAGCUAAGGAGACUUUUUUUGAAUGAAGAUUUCUAUUCUGCUUGUAAAAUUAAGGUUCCUAUGAGAAGAUGUCUAAAAUUUGGUUACAGAGCUGAUUUUGGUGAAACUUAUUUCUUAUAGCUCUGUGUUAGUAGACUUAGAGAAAUUAUUUGAUAAUUAUUCCACUGCUGAGAAACUGAAAAACGAAUACCUUCCACCAAGCAGUGACCGCUGUAUAUAAGACCUUAAACACGUUAUAAUUUCAUGUUUCUCUGCACCACAGUUAAAUGUGAAUUAACAAUUAAACCAGUUUGAGAAACAAAUGCCUUUGUGGGGAAUUAUUGCUCUGAAUCGUCUCAUAAAACCGCACCCACUUAUUCCUGUGCCAUGCACAUUCAUACUCUACCUAUUGAAAUCUUACACUUUGGAGUGUAAAAGGAAAUGGACAAGAGAACAUAAAUAUUCAACGCAACAAGAACUAGAGAUCAAUUUUUUUUCAGAUAUUUUAUUAUUUUCUUCUUUUACUGCACUUCCACUUGAAUCCUCCUGUGUGUAUGAGUCCAGCCCACCAGAGCACGUAGCAUCAACCUCAGGCCAGUCGCACGAUUUUCAGCCUGGGGCUUCAUUCUGUUUCACAGUAGGUAGGAAGUAAUAAGACACACAAGAGAACUCAAGAGAGGCGAAGGUGCUGAAGACAGCUGACACAUGAUGAACCAAAAGACAAAAUAUAACAAACACACUGCCAGUCUUUGUGUGGAGAGUAGAAAAGCAAUCACAAAGCGGCCUGUUGGGUUUUUUAUGAC